UUAAACGGCCGCGUCGUCGUCGUGACCGGCGCGUCGCGAGGUAUCGGCGAGGCUAUCGCGGUGCGCCUCGCCGGCGCGGGCGCGCACGUCGCGCUCCUCGCGCAGACGACGAAGAACGACCCGGCGCUCCCGGGGACGAUCCAAGACGCGGCCGCGGCGUGCCACGAGGCGGGCGAGCGCGUCACGGACAUCACGAGCGCGGAGCAAGUCCAGAACGCGAUACGCGCGGUCGUCGACCGCUUCGGCGGCAUCGACGUCUUGAUAAACAACGCGUCCACGCACUGGCCGACGAAGGUUAUCGACACGGACCUCCGCCGCUUCGACAAGAUGACGAACGUGAACGUGAAAGGGUCGUUCAUCGUGACCAACUCGUGUCUGCCGUUUUUGAACGAGAGCCCGAACCCGCGCGUGUUGUUCGUCGCGCCCGCGCCCAUCGCGGACGCCGCGUGGCUGAAACCGCACACGGUGUACAGCGCGUCGAAGAUCGCGAUGGGGUUCCUCUCGAGCGCGCUCGCGAAAGAGUGCGGGGACGCGGAGAAACCCGCGGCGUACAAGGGCGUCUCGAGCAACACGCUGUGGCCGCGGUACGCCGUCGCCACCGCCGCGAUUCAGGCGCGUCCCGCACACUGGUCCCCAUACGACCGCGUUCGCAAGCUGACCAACCUGUCUCGAACGCCCGCGGCGGUCGCGGACGCGGCGUUUCGCAUUCUCUCCGCCCCCGGAUCGGAGUUCUCGAACCGUCACUUCAUCGACGACGACGUCCUG